AAAGUUUAUUAUAAAUGAAAUGUUAUGUCACAUCAUAUGCGACCACUCAAAUUUAAAAACAGGAUGUGGUAUGUGAUUAUUUUAUAGAAAAUGAUCGAUUAAACCUAAACGUCAUCAACCAAAGAAAAUGUUCCUGCACACAUUAAAAUAUGGCAUAGCAUGUGCCAGAAUUUUACCUUCUAGAGUAGUGUAUAAUCGGCCCGUGCUCAUUCUCCAAUGCCAAAAUAGUCGGUACUACGAAUCCAGCAGAAAUUACAAAAACUUCGGUCACAAAGAAGAAAAGGUGCCAAAGUUUUCGAAGUACUAUCACUCUGCAUUAGUGAUUUUGUUUAUACUGCCUUGUAUAAACUACAAAUGGAUAGGUUCGAUAAUCUUUCCUCCAGUAAAGGCACAUGAUGACUCCGUAUCUAGUCGAGAAGAUUUGGAGGAUCGUAUGGAGGAGCAGCAAAGACCGAAAAAGCACCGUAAGGAAAAGGUCGGAUUUCGUGACCGCAAAAUAAUUGAAUAUGAAAAUCGCAUAAGACAUUACUCUACACCCGAUAAGGUGUUUCGUUACUUUGCGACGCUACAAGUCCAGGGAUCGUCGUCUGAUCAGCAUGAGAUUUACAUGACUCCCGACGAUUUUCUUAGAUCUAUGACGCCCGGAAUUAAGCAACCUGAUGGGUUGGGAUUAGACCAGUAUAAAAGAUACGAUCCAAAGCAUAAGCUCGAGAACAUACAACAAAAACUAGAGUUAACACUUGACGAAGACAGCAUAUUUUACAAGUUAGGAUCCUCUGGCUUGAUCACAUUCUCCGAUUAUAUUUUUCUCCUAACAGUACUAUCAACGUCCAGAAGACAUUUCGAGAUCGCAUUUCGUAUGUUCGACCUUAACGGCGAUGGUGAUGUCGAUUGUGAGGAAUUUGAGAAAGUAGCUACGCUAAUUCGUCAACAAACUAGCAUCGGGUCGCGUCAUCGUGACCAUGCGAACACUGGCAACACAUUCAAGGGAGUGAACUCGGCAUUAACAACCUACUUCUUUGGUCCGAAUAUGAAACAAAAGCUAACGAUCGAGAAAUUUCUCGACUUUCAGAAACAGCUACAGCGCGAAAUUCUAAGCCUCGAAUUCCAACGUAAGCAUCCGGACGACGACGGUAAAAUUAGCGAGGCCGAUUUCACAGAUUUGCUGCUCGCGUACAGCGGAUUUCCCGAGAAAAAGAAAGCGCGUAUGCUUAAAAGGGUUAAGAAGAGUUUUAGAGAUCACGGUCAAGGCAUAACUAGGGAAGAUUACUUAAAUUUUUAUCAUUUCUUAAACAAUAUCAACGAUGUUGAUACUGCACUCACUUUUUAUCACAUCGCCGGAGCAUCGAUUGAUGAAAUUACUUUGAAACAUGUUGCCAAAACCGUUGCGCAUGUUGAUCUCAGCGACCAUAUCAUCCAUGUGGUUUUCACAAUUUUUGAUGAGAACCAGGAUGGUCAAUUAAGUAAUCGUGAGUUUAUAGCGGUCAUGAAAAAUAGGUUGUUGAGAGGAUUAGAGAAACCAAAGGAUACAGGUUUUGUCAAAUUUAUGCAGUCAGUUAUCAAAUGCGCUAAAGACUCAACGCCUUCGUUUUUUGAUAUGUGAAUUUGUACAGCACGCUUUAGUUGAAUUUGUUUAUAUAUUGUUUGUAGUAUUAUUUUCAGUUUUUAAAAUUAUUUCUAUAAGGCUUCUUUCCAUGUCUAGUAAAUUAAAUCUUAUAGCGUUUGAUGUUCAAUUUGGUAUGUAAUAAAUUAAUAAAUUUUU